UUACGCAGGCUAACGUUAAUUAUUCACGAGGCGCGUGACUUGCCCAGUCGCGAAAGGGGAGGCGCCAUCCAGACACAAGUGCGCAUGCUCCUACUGCCAAUCAAAAAGCAUCGUCACAAGACCAAAGUGGUGGUAGCAGCGGAGUCUAAUCCACAAUUUAAUGAAACUUUCGAUUUCAAAGUUCCUACAGACGACUUGACGAGCAUGGGACUUCGCAUGCGACUGUACGGAUGCGAGCGACUGAAGAAGGAUCGCCUAAUUGGAGAGACCAUCGUGAAUUUCAACCGCUUGAAUACGAACAACGUUCCAUUCUGGACACCCCUCGAUCCCCGAAGUAAUUUAAUGCACGGCGACUCAAUGAGCAGCGUCUCAAGCAACCUGACGCACAGCGAGAGUGAUUCUUCGACACAUUCACUAAACCACGCUGGAACGUUAGAGCUGAUGUUGGGCGUGGCUUACAAUGGAGUGACAGGCAGGAUGGCCGUCGAGGUUAUCAAAGGUAGUAAUUUCAAAAAUAUGGCCGCCAAGAGACCCCCAGAUACGUACGUAAAGUUGGCUCUCAUGGCCCCCAACGGUCAGGAAAUUAGUCGUUCGAAGACAUCGAUUAGGAGAGGGCAGCCUAAUCCUCUCUACAAGGAAACGUUCAUGUUCCAAGUUCCUCAAUUCCAGCUUCCCGACGUUUCUUUAAUGGUGAGUGUAUUUGUACAGAAGAGCCUCAAACGCAAGGAGAUGAUUGGCUGGUUCACAAUGGGUAGGCGUAACACAAACAGCAGCGAAGAUGAUGCCUCCCAUUGGACAGCCAUGCUGGAAAGUAAGGGCGAACAAGUGUGUAGGUGGCACGUGUUACUCGAACCUUGA